AUGACGGCCGGCUGGGCGGGGGUGGCCGGUGCAAUCACGCCGCCGUUUGGCGAUGUGGAGAACCGGAUCCCAGCCAUUCCACCGCCGCCCCACGCCUCCCGCCGGUCGUUCCCCAGGCCGUCCCAUGACCUCCGCUAUGCCGUCCUGCCCGCCUUACGCCGUCCUGCCAGCCCCGUGCCGUCCUACCUCUGCUCUGCCGCCUCGCGCCGUCAUGCCUCUGUCGCGCCACCCCUCGCCGUCCUGACUGCCCUGCGCCGCCCCGCACCAUCCCGUGCCUCCCUGGCCGCCCUGCGCUGCCCCGCGCCGUCCUGCCCGUCCAUCGGCGCCCCGCGCAGUUCCGUCCUGCUCGUCCACCGGCGCCCCGCGCUCGUCCGUCCGAGUGGCUGCUUCAACUUGUAUCGGGGCAGCGUGCGUCUGAGGUUGCACAGAGAACCACUGUUGGUACCAUUGAGCAGAGGAAGAAGAGUAGCAGAAUCAUUGGAGGCUACACCGUGGGAGCUCAUCUUCAAGAGAUCAUCCACCAACGUGCUUACUGCAUCCACUCAAGAUUCUUGCUACCAACGACUCAACUUCCAGCAGCGGCGCAGUAAUCCCCUUCCGUGCUUGUCACGACAUCCUCCACUAGUUGGUGAGUCAACCAUAUCUUUGGUCUGUUUAUUUAUGGUGGUAUCUACCUUUGCUAUGUGUACUACCAUUGAAUUGGUUCUAUGAUUCUUACUUUCUUUUCCGAGCCACUGUAUUUAUAGUACUUCAAGUAAUUCCUUGCAUUCUCUGGUUGUGAUAUUAUUUGUUCAGGAUUUAGUGUGUAUUUGUAGUGACCAAGUGUGAAGCUAGCUAGCAUGGAUAGAAGUUGGAUGGAUGCGCCUAGGUAUAAUGCAGCAUAUAUGUUUUAAAUUUCUUAGAUGCUGAAACUAUAUAUAACACACUACACAUGUACACUUGCAUGUAGGCAUACAGAGAAGUACUUACAAGGGCUCGCCAAAUUCCUAGGCUUUGCAUUUAAUAAAUCAUCAGUUGAGAAUAAAAUCAUAUGUCCUUGCAAAAACUGUGUGAACUCAUACUGGAGAGAAGAGUCUGAAGUCCGUGAGCACCUGGUAUGCGAGGGAUUUGUAGAUGGCUACAAACAGUGGAUGUUUCAUGGAGAAC